AUGUCCACCAUCACCGAAGUCACCAGCAUCCCUCAGUGGGAGCAGCUGCUCGCCUCUGUCCCCCCCACUACUCUAGUUAUCGUCUCGUUCCACGCUCCUUGGGCCGCGCCCUGCGCCCAGAUGGCUACCGUCCUGUCGACACUCGCCUCCGAAUAUCCCGUCACCGAGCCUCCUGCCACAAAGUGGGUGUCUAUCAAUGCCGAGGAGUUGAGCGACCUCAGCGAGACCUACGAUGUUACCGCCGUCCCAUUCCUCGUCCUGCUGAGAAAUGGUCAGGUCGUCGAGACUGUUAGCGGUAGCAGCGCCGUCAAGGUCCGAACCGCCAUCGAGACGCAGGCGAAGCAAUCGGGAGAGGGCGCAGCGGCUGCUGAUGCCCCCAACGGUAUGGACGUCGACAACAACGCUGCCGCCGAGGAGGAGGAUCCCGAAAAGAAGAAGGAGGAGCUCUUUAAGCGUCUUGGCGACCUUGUCAAGGCCGCGCCCGUGAUGCUCUUCAUGAAGGGCACUCCCAGUUCGCCUCAAUGCGGCUUUUCGCGCCAAAUGGUUGGUCUUCUGCGCGACAACUCAGUCAAGUACGGUUUCUUCAACAUUCUGGCCGACGACGAGGUUCGACAGGGACUCAAGGAGUUUGCCGACUGGCCAACAUACCCCCAGCUCUGGAUCGAUGGUGAGCUCGUCGGCGGAUUGGACAUUGUCAAGGAAGAGAUGGGCAACGACCCCGAGUUUCUCGGCAAGUACAGCGUGAGCACCACCGCUGGCGCAGCGGCCUGA